GAAAAUUGGGUCGAGUCCAACCUACAGCACUUUAUUGGUUGGGUUGCUGCAGGCAAGGCACUUACUUUCUCUGAAUCCUGUUUCCUUAUCUGAAUAAAAGGGCAGUUAACUAGGAGAGAUCAGUUCUCCAGCUGGCCAGGGCAAUGUCAUUGAUACAGCUGGUGUCAUCGUUACCUUCCACUGACAGAUCACUCGACACCUACUGGCCCAGGCAGGGUUGGGCCUGGGCCUUGCCCAGCUGAGCUAGACCUUGGACUGCCCCUGUUUUUCCAGAAGGCGAGGGUCCCAGAGGCUUCUUUGGUUCCUACUACUUGGUCCCCUGGUGUCCUGGGGAGAGGAGAUAUGCUCAUCACUGGCUGGGAGCUGAGGCAGAGUGAUGCUGCACAGAGACGGGGCACUUAGAGUGGCGCCCGAGUGAGGAGCCAGGGCUGAAGAGUGGCUGGGGGCAUCCUGCCUGGCUGCUCUGGUCAGCUGCCCUUCUGGUGUGUGCAUCGCAGGUGGCACCAUGCUGCAGCAGAUCCUGCACGACAUGUACAUAGACCCUGAGCUCCUUGCUGAGCUCAGCGAUGUGCAGAAGCACAUCCUCUUCUACAAGAUGCGAGAGGAGCAGCUGAGGCGCUGGAGGGAGCGGGAGGCCUGGGAGGCCCUAUCCCAGGGGGACGGCCUCCGGCCCCCGAAGGUCAAGCGAGCUAGUGGACAGGAAGAAGAGACUGCAGAGAAGGUUCACCACCACCCACUGCCACAGCCCAGGAGUGACAUAACAAGUGACAAACACAUCCAGUGGCUCUUGGGAGAAGAUGGCGAGGUCUGGGUCUGGGUCAUGGGUGAAGGCCCUGGUGACAAGCCUUAUGAAGAGAUCUCCGAGGAGCUGAUUGCAGAGAGAGCGCGGCUGCAAGCACAGAGGGAAGCCGAGGAGCUCUGGAAACAGAAGGAGGCAGAGAUCACCAAGAAGUUCCGGGAUGCUCUAGCCAAUGAGAAGGCCCGGAUCCUGGCGGAGAAGUGGAAAGUGGAGAUGGAGGACCGCAAGGCUGCCAAAGUCCUGGAGGAACGCAUCCACGAAGAAUUCAAGAGGAAAGAGGAAGAAGAGAGGAAGCGAGGAGAAGAGCAGAUUCGCCUUCAGGAGGAACAGAGAGCGAAGGAGCUUUACUGGUCGCUGAAGCAAGCCCAGCUGCGUUGCCAAGCCAGCGAGAAAGAGGAGCAAGAGUGGGAAGAACAGUUGCGCAGGUCCAAGGCAGCUGAUGAGGAGAGGAGCCGCAGGGCCCAGCGUGCCCGAGAUGAGUACCGGCGCCACUCACUCCGUGCCAUCCAGAAGGGUACAGUUGCUGGCCUUAGCUCCAUGUUCCAGGAGCUCGGCCAGAACCAUGAGCAGGAAUCAAGACUCUACCACCAUCUUCCUGGUCCUGGUCCACCACCACCCCUCGCUGUGCCUGUAAGCAGGACUUGGGAGCGCCCACUGCGUCCACUCUCCAGAGAAGUCAUUGUCCGCUGGUUUAAGGAGGAGCAGCUGCCUCGCCGAGCUGGCUUCGAGAGGAACACCAAGUCGAUCGCUCCCUGGUUCCAUGGAAUUAUCAGCCGAGAAAAUGCAGAAGAUCUCCUGGAGAACAUGACGGAGGGAGCAUUUCUGAUCCGAGUCAGUGAGAAAAUCUGGGGUUACACCCUCUCAUAUCGCCUGCAGAAAGGCUUCAAGCACUUUCUCGUGGAUGCCUCUGGAGACUUUUACAGCUUUCUGGGAGUGGACCCCAAUCGCCAUGCCACACUCACGGAUCUCAUUGAUUUUCACAAGGAGGAGAUUAUCACUGUUUCAGGGGGAGAAUUGCUACAGGAACCCUGUGGACAGAGGGACAGCCCACCAGACUACCACCUAUUAUUUGAAUGAUUAUUUUUUUCCUUAUUAUAGUUAAAUCCCUUUGGGUACCCUCUUUCUGAACUCAGUGCAAGAACUUCCCAACUCAAAUCCCAAUGGCUUUCUAGAAGAUCUACCACUAUCCAGAGGAUCAAGUACAUCAGUAUGUCUCAAGAGAUAUGAAAUGUGUGCAUCUGUGCUGUGGGUCCCAUCCCAAUGCUCAGGACAGAAAUUGCUAAUAGCUGCUGCAACUGUUUCAUGGAGAAUUUAGCUGUGACCUCAGAAGAUUCACCCUAUUUGUCAUGGCUACUCUAAACUAAGCUCCUAGAAUGUAUGGAUCAUGUUUUAAUAAUCCAAAAUAUUCUAGUGCCGAACCUGGACUUUAACAUGUGGUGUGAUAAACAUUCAAUAAAUGUCGGUUGAACAAACACA